GUACGACUCGUUUAAUAGAUUUGACUCGUUAAAUGACACGUUCGAGUGAUCGAGCUGUAGUAUCGAUUCAUUUGAUUCGCCUCUAUGAGAAGUGAUUUAUGUACAGGAUAUGAUCAAAAUUUCACUGGGUCCUAAACCACUAGCGCUUUAUUUCUGGUAAAAAAAAAUGGCUUAAAAAUGUUAAAAUAUAAAAAUGGCCUAAACCAAGAGUCCCCAACCACCGAGCAGAGAAUCGUAUAUAUCAUUUAGUACUGGGCCACACAGAAGGAAUAAACCUUUUUCGUUUUUAUUUUAUUUCCCUUGUAUUGACAACCCCCUAAGGGCCAAACCCAGGCCCAGUAGAAAACUGUUUGAAACUGGUCCGUGCCACACAACACUUUGGGAAAUGCAGGCCUUAACAACAAUCCACUGGUCUUCAAAUUAGCAAGAACAAAUAUUAUGAAUCUUUUCCUGGUUUUGGAAACUUCACUACAAUUUAAUGCGUAAUGUCUUUUCUUUUGUCGUUAACUUUUAAAUCGACUAAAUUUGUUUUGGAAAACAUACCGUUCCCUGCUACUUUAAAGAGACUAUACAUUGCAUAAAAUGAUAUUGACAACCCUACUUAAGAUCUCUCAAAGUGUACUCUUAAGUAGAGUUGCAAAAGGAUUACCUUUACUUUUAAUGGAGUAAUGUAUAAGUAGCUUAUUCAAACAUUUAUUUAAGUACAGCAGUGGUGUGCUGCAGCACUGGGUUUUUAGGGCUGGAGAGGGGGAAUCAAAUGACACUUUCAGAAAAGAACUGAUGAAUCACUCAGCAUGACCCUGAGGAAUCGCAUAGUUACAUUGAUUCACACAAACAUAAGUCCAACCGAAAGUACAAGUAAGGACAUGGACUCUUGUAAGCCAAAGCUGAUUGUGGUUACAGGGUUUGGUCCAUUCCGGCAAUACCUGGUGAAUCCAAGUUGGGAAGCAGUUAAGGGUUUAAAGAAAAAGGUCCUUGGAGCCAACACUGAGAUUCACAUUGUAGAGAUUCCUGUGUGUUACUCAAAAGCUCACCAAGCUAUUGCUGAGAUAUGGCACAAUCUGAAACCAAAGAUUGCUAUCCAUGUGGGCAUAGCCUCAGGAGCCAAAUGCAUUAUUCUGGAACAGACAGGCAAGAACAGUGGCUAUAAGGACAAAGAUUCGUGUGGCAUCUGUCCAGAAGAUAACUGCUGUAUCAAAGGAGGACCAGAACAUUUAGACUCAAUUAUAGACAUGAAGACAAUUGCCAAGAGUUUGAAAGUGCUUGGACUGGAUGUGAUUUACUCUAGGGAUGCUGGAAGGUAUCUGUGUGAUUUUGUAUACUACCUCUCUCUCCAUUAUGGGCAGGGAAGAGCAGCAUUCAUCCACGUGCCUGCCUGUGUUGGUCUGGCAAAUCCAGAUACACUCUUGCCUCAGCUUCAGGCCAUAAUCCAGGUCAUGUUAUGCCAUCUUGACACACAAAUGCUCUGGCCUGCAGCAUCAGAAUGCAGAUGCAGCGAACAACAAAUCAAAAAAGUGCUUAAAUAGUCUAAAUAGAUUAAUCGUUAAAAAUAAAAACUUGUGUUAAAGACAAAUGAAAUAAAACUCAACACUGGCAUUUUUGUCCCAUUCACUUUUUUAAUUCAAAAUUUAAGAAAAAAAAAAGAAAAUACAUGAAAAUUCUUCAGAUACACAUUAAGCCAAUGUCAUGUAAAAAGUAUAACAUCUGAACUAGAAGUGAGGAGAAAAUAAAAAAUAAAGCGAGGAGGGUUCGGAUACAUAAUUUACGAGAAGACAAGUACCAGCUGAGCUGUUUCACCAAAUCCAUUUCUACCAAUCAGUUCACUGACACAGAGAUAAGAGUUCUUUGCAAAAUAAAAAAAAGAAAAAAUAUUCAAAGCAGUAUUGAUUGAAAGUAUCUCAGUACAGUAGAACAAGGCCCCUUUACAUUUUCUUUUUUUUUUUCUUUUUUUUUUUUUUUAAGUCCGGAAUGCCAAGCAAAAUAACAGUGCCUGGAAAACGAUGUAUAUAAAACCUCAAGCUCAUUAUUGCAAUUUCAAAUGCAUCUAUGCAUCUUCUCUAAACCUGAGGUUUUGUAUUCUGAGGAAAUACAACAAAAAUGAAUGAAACUUGGAAGAAAAAAAAAUAAUUGAAACAAGCCAAACUCUUUCAGUCAAUCGAUCUUCAGGUUUGCAAAAAACGGUCACUGCAAGAAGCGCUAUAUCUACUGUAAACGUUUGUUUAAAAAAAAAAUCUAGUCAUGUUAAAUCUCUCUCAUGACUACCCGUAAUCUACUGGACAUCACUGUCCUAUUUGUGUCUGUGUUUCUGAAGUAGAUUUGUAAUCUACAGUUAACUAGGGACCUUGGCAGCAUUCAACAAAAACUGACAUUCACUUUGGAACAAGCCAACCCUUUUGUCCAUUUCAUUACAGAAAAAAAAUCAAACAAAUAAAUAUCACUGAUCUAUAGUAAUUUUUUUUCUCAAUAUAAAAACAUCAAAAUCUACACCACUACAUCUACAUGUGAUACACUCCCAUCCAUAUACAUAUGCAACACAAAUAAAAGGCCUUUCAAAGAACGGUGAUUUGGAUUAUGUCUCUCUUUUUUUCCCCAUACCAUAUUUUUCCAGCAAUCUGAUCCCUCAACCAGGUCUCCCCAUCACUGGCCACACUUUUAGCCCUGAAAUUCUUCUUACAAACAAGAGAUAGAAAGAACAUUAAGUGCUACGAAGCAGAACGUUCAGGGUUGGAGAGAUAUUAUGGAGCGUAAACGUUUUAUGUGUGCUUUGUGUACUUUGAUGGUCUAACGCCUUGCUUAGUUCAGCGAACACGUUUUUUGGAAAACCAUUCUGCCAAGAUUGAGCACCUGUCCAAAGCUCCGGUUGAAAUGGAGAGGCUUUAAAACAGAAGAGCAGCAUAUUUGGAGCAGCAUUAGAAAAGACAGACACGUUAACCAAGUCCCUUCUGUCUUUCUUUAUCUCUAGAAAAUAAGAUGGAAUAGACAACAAUGUGAAAUGUCUUGCACAUACAAAAGAAAGCUUUAAACUAAACCAGCACAGGAUGCAGAAACAUUCGAGUGUCCAAAGGGCCAGAUAUUUCCAUACCAAUUUACCAAAAGCACAAUCUAUGGUGCUUAUUUUACGUUUUUGAAGAUUGUGCUUCCAACAAGCAGAGUGUAAUGCAUAUUAUACAAUCUCUUAUAGUGUGUGUUCAUCACUAUAUGCUCAAAUAAUGCAAAACAAAUCAUUUAAUGGAAAUUGGCUCAAGGCUGUAUAAAUAUUUGUCUGGUCGAUGAGAUUAAAGUGUUUAAAAUGGAGGAAUGAUGCAGUGGAACCUUUACAGCUAAAAGUGAGGCAGGUCUAAUCAGUGCCAUUAAAGCCAGUCUGAAAGAGCCAAAGCAGUUUGUUUUUAAUGAGGAAUAAAGACAAAAAAUGAUAUCAGUAUGUCGGUUGUAGGACGUUGGACCUAGUGUAGGGAUGAAACAACAAUACUAAUAUACUUGCUCUCUGUCUCUGCUAAAGCUUGGACAGGUAAAAAGAACGAGGUGGGAUUUUUUUAGCACAAGAACCACAAAUUGUGACUGUUUCAUGCCUGGAUCAUGAAAUAACAGGUCGCCCAAAUAAAUACAAAAAUCAAAGCUAAAUAGUGGUUUUGCCAGCUUAGGAACUUAAUUGAACUCGAUUUAAAAAUUCAACAGUUUGUGUUUAGGCAAGAAAUCAAUCACAGCAGUAUAUGAAUAAAACCAUGAACACCAAACCCUCGAAGCCAGCUGCAUGAUCUGAGGAUGCCUGGUUGCGGAAAUCACGUUGUUGACUGGAGAGAGGACGGCUAAAGCUAUGUAGCUCUGUCCCAAAUAUUUUAUGCCUUGUCCUAUUUAUACUUCUUUUAUAAACACAUGAGCUACCUAUACUCACAUGCAAUAACAUGUGCAGCAGGGAAUAAAGAAAGGAAAAUAUAGUUUUCCUUUCUAUAUUGAUGCAAUUUAGAUGCAAUUUAGAGCAUCAAUUUAGAUUUUUCUCCCCAAGCCUAGAAUUGUAAUUAUUAGUUUGAUUCCUACAUUUCUUUAUAGUAUAUUGUGUUUUUUUUUUUUUUUUUUCGCAGGAAU